ACCAGCAACAAUGGAUCCACUGGAAAAGGAGCACGAUAGGAAGCGUGUGCGGAUACAGCGUAGCUGUUUUGUUUGUCGUCAGAAGAAAACAAAGUGCGACCAAGCUCGACCUAUUUGCAGCGCUUGUAAAAAGAGAAAGAACCCUAAUGCUUGUCAAUAUGGUAGCGCCAGCUGGGAUAUCCAGGUGAGCAAUGGGAUGCGUACAGGUCUUGGUGGAUUGCUCGAGGAGACCAAUGUGCCUUCAAAUGGAAGAAGCACAUCGAUAAACAAGUUCAAGCCCGAUAGGGUUUUCAUGGACACAACGCCUGCAAGUUAUGCCUCGUCGAGAUCGAAAUCCGACUAUGCCAAUGGGUUGAAACAGAUCAACAACCGUAUCCAGCUGCUGGAGUCGGCAUUGAGGUUGAAAUCUGACCGUGACUCGUUAAGUUCGUCGUCGGGAACUACUUUGGCAGAGACAUCACCAAAUGAACAGCGGAAUGGUAGCGCUGCCUUUGGGAUUAUGCCCGAGAGUGAGUACGAAAUAGUGGACUUCCAUAGGGAUUCCUUCCCAGCUCCAGGAAUGAGCUACAAGGGCUCGUUAACAUGGGUAUCUCUGUUAAGAAAGGACAAGUUCUUAAACUCAAUCACCUUGUCAAUAAGAAACAAAAAGACGAUUUUACAAGAGUGUCAACAUGACACCAAGGCGUGUGAGUUUAGUAAAGUGCUCUGUUCACAAGUUGAUGCCGGUUCGGAGAAAAUACCGUUGAGGAAUCCACAUGAUAUGCCCAUUGUGACGUUGGUUUCAAGCUACUUGAAGGAUCGAAGACUGGUUUGGUUGUUAGUUGAUAGAUUCUUUGAUUCUGAAUUAGCGUUGGUUUACCCUGUUUUACUAAGGGAAGUGUUUGAGGAGGAUGUGACAAAUUUGAUUGGCGGUCGAAACGACCCAACAGCAACGAUCAAUUUCACAAGACGACAACAGUGCUCCACAGCUGGAAUAGUCCUUCUUGUUAUGCGUUUCGCAUCUCUGUCAUUGUUCAACUUGGAUAAUCCAGUGUUUGGACCCGAAUCUCAAUGGACAGAUGAUCAAAAACAUAUGGUUACAAAUCCAAUAUCCAAAGAUGUGAAUACUGCAGUCGAAAAGUGUAUUGAAGAAACCGAGAAGCUGAAAGAGGUUACCCUUGAAGCGUUUCAGCUCACUUUACUCAAAAGAUGGUAUGAGCUGAUAUCACCAGAGGAGGCUGACUGUGUUACUGCGAUAACACCGGGGAAAUUGGGUCAACUGUUGCAUCAUGCUAUUCAGUGCUCAAUCAACAGAGAUCCCACAAAGACACCCUUUGCUACGAAUUCACCAAACAACUUUCUGCGUCGACUGUGGCUUAUGGUUAUGCAACUUGAUGUGUACCAACUCACAGUUGUUGGAGGACACCCGUUGAUCGACAAAAACAUGUAUGAUACAGACCUUCCACACUUGGAUGAAUCCUCAACACCUGAUGAGUUUUCACUUGACAAAUCGUUUUGUGAUUACAGCAAACUAUCCGAUUUGUUAUACUCCCUUCUUAACGAAGCCCUGAAUUUAAGAAAGCCCCUGAAACUCUUUGAAUUGAAAAGGGAGUUACGGCCGCUGGAGGAGUACAUAGUGGGAUUGCCAGAUGUCCACCAGAUAUUAGCAAGGCCCUGUGACACAGUGGCGCAAAGGGCUUUAAACUACAGAUCCAUGGUUCAGUAUAUGGAUUGCGUGUCCUUGUUAGGAAUACUGUACUAUCAUAUCUUUUUGCACUAUUGUUCAAGAAUGGAUGUGGAACAAUCGGCCCAUUAUUGCUGUGAAAUACUCAGGGUAGGCUCCCUGUUAUAUCCUAUUGUACUAUUUUUUGACAAGAAGAAUACAGAAUUUGAUCUUCAAAGACAUUUCGGUUGCCCUGCUGUGAUUAUACCAAGGUUUGAAAGUUGUCUCCAUAGGUUGGACCAACUGUUUUUUAGCAUCAUAGCAAGGGUUAAAGUGUUCAAGUUAUGCUGUACUCAGAUAGAAAGCCAGAAAAUACAAAUAAUGGACCAGAUAUUGGCAAUUGCUGAAGCAUCUACGAGACAUGUUCUUCACGUUUACAAGACGAUUUCAAGUACAUAUUACCAUGCUUGGGUCGUGAGUAAAGCACACUCAUUCAUCAUAUCAAGGCUGUUAAGGACACCCAGCGGUGCAAUAGCAAAUGCUUCGCCUCUUGAUCAACACCUUUUAGACUCGUUCAAGUCCAUUGGCGACGAUGAUGUGUUUUUCAGGUUCACCACGUCACACCUGGAGCGAAUUCGGCAGACAUUACAAGCCUUCCAGGAGAUUGACCUUAUAGGGUCCUUAUCGAACUCUCCACUUGAUGGUACCAUUGGGUUUGAAGACAAUGGUCGCUGGCUGAAACAGGUUAUGCAAGACAUUGCGAGUGACGGACGAAAUGACUAUGUUUUCGAGGAUGAUAGACGUUUCCCAGCACAAACAGCUCUGAACUCGGGGUAUGCUUCUUCUAUAUACGAAGGCAGUGACAUUACAAACGGAGCGUCAGUGGAUGCUGACGUUGAAGCAAGUGCCGUUUUGAACGAGUUCUUCUCUGGAUAUGACAUAGAAGAGUACCUUCUCAAACAGAGUGCAGCUGAAUACGGCAUACACUUUUGAAGUAAUAAUAUUCGACCUCCUUUGAUGUACUUGAUGACAUCAUAUUCUACAAUCUCCAUCUCUAGCUCUUGUUAUUGGUGUGUAUUUUGAUCUCUUGUAUAUAGCGUAUUUAAUUUACGAAGUUUUUGACAGUUACGAUGACAC